GCAACGUGUGUGCUCUUAAAGCAAUAGCAACAAUAUUGCCUCGAUUUGUUUCUUUUUUUAAAAAAAACAAUCAGCAGAUUUUUUUUUGAACAUAGAAUAACCUCGGGAAACUUGAGUAUUUCUUUUUUUUUCUCGCUUUGUUGCUCAUCUGAAAAUCUCGAGAUCAUGAAGUUACUAUUGCUCUUCUUUGCCUUGAUCUCGGUUGUUUACUCAGACUAUUUUGAUAUACUAAAAGAGGAAUUUGAACAGACACCUACAGGUCGAGUUCGCAGAUUUUUUAUUACAGCAGAAGAGGAAAUUUGGGAUUAUGCUAGUCAAAGUCAAAUAACUGUGCCAGAUAUUCAUGUUUUGGGCACUCGGUAUUACAAAGCAUUAUACCACGAAUAUGAAGAUGAAUCCUAUACCAAGAAAAAGAAGCGACCUUACUGGCAGGGAAACAUGGGCCCUAUCUUGAGAGUCGAAGUAGGCGAUGUGAUUCAAGUCUUCUUUUGGAACAAAGCGUCGAGGAAUUUCACCAUUCAUCCUCAUGGUAUCUUUUAUGAAUUUGAAAUGGAAGGCGCUAUCUUUAAAGGAUCUUUUGAUGACAGUAUUGUAAAGCCAAAUCACAAUUAUACUUAUACUUGGAAUGUAUUACCUCGAGCAGGACCUGGGCCUAAAGAUGGUAACUCAAUUGUUUGGGGCUAUCAUUCACAUGUCACUGAAGCAGAUCUUUAUGCAGGUCUAUAUGGCGCCAUUGUAGUUUACAGACCUGGUACUCUAUCUAAUAAGGACAUAGUUACAUCUAUUUUCGUGACAGACGAAAAUCAAUCCCCUUAUUUACAUCAGACAAAAUCAACAUUAUAUCCAGAUUUCGAUUCAACAAAAUACAAUGACAAACAACUGUAUCAAGCAAACCAAUUCCAUACGAUCAAUGGACUUGUGUCUUCUUCUCCAAAAGACUUGGUGGUCAAAGUAAACACAACUUGGCAUUUGAUAGGUUGGGGAACCUACUGGGAUAUGCGUAACAUUCAAUGGCAGAAUGCGCAGAUCUAUUGGGACGAAGAACAAGUGGAUCAUAUUCGCAUAAUGCCUGCUUCUUUUCAGACAGCUAUUAUUACGCCAAAUAGUCACAAAGGGACAUAUCAGUUUGGCGUUUUGAAGAGUAGCAAAGAGGAAAUGGUGAUGAAUUAUAUAGCUUCAUGAGUUGUUCAAUAAAGACGUACUUGUCAGGUCCAU